UUUAUGAAUCCCGAUGACGAGUUUGAUGCCGUGGUUCUCGCAUUUCUGGGAGGGAAGGUGCCAAUCUCCUCAAGCUCCGAUCUCGACCGCGUUUCAUUUGUGGGGAUUGAAGAUUACAAGCACCAGCACAAGAAAUGGAUCUUCGGAGAAUGCAACUCACGGGUAUCGGAUCUCCUGCUCAAAAAAGGGUGUGAGAAACAAGUGAAUGCUCUCGACUGUGAGGUGACCGUGCAUCCAACUCGCGGCCUCUUUUGCCACAUCGAGGUGCUGGGUUCCCAGUCGCGGUUUGAGCCCUCGCAAAUCGUUGCUGUGCAAGAUCGCGCUGGUGUGCUCAAGGCGAUCGGCAUUGUCACUGGGGUCAUCAACGAUCGGACCAUCUUGAGAGCACACCAUGGCACAAAACCCGUCAAAGGAAAGUAUGAUGUCUUCCUUUUGGAUACCACGGCCACACUCCGUCGGUGCUUCCUCUCGGUGUCUAAAGCGGAGAAUAUCUCGCCACGACUAAGAGAUCAACUUGUGCGCCCUCUGAAUACCAUCAGGCCGGAAGCGGUACACUUAGGUGCUUGGCUCGCUGGUUUAAGGUUGAACCACGAACAAGGCCGCGUUGUGGCGGCCUCGGUGCAUCUCCGGGAAGGAUUUCUUCUUGCUCAAGGACGGCUGAACUUACGGAGAGAGACAAUUGUUGGAAUUGUGUCUGCGGCAUUGUGUGCGACCCGAUAUGCGAAGAUACUUGUGUGCGCACCAUACAACAAUGCUGUGGACCAGAUAGCGUUGAGUCUCUCAAGCAGACUCUUGGACAGUGAUGGCCAGGCCUACGUUCCUCGCCGGGGAACAAUCGUUCGUGUUGGUCCGAUGGAAAAGAUCGACAGGCAUUGCCAUGGCUUGACCCUCGAGGGCAUCAUUAUCAGUGAACAGCGGGCCUACAGUUCGUAUUAUAUUGCCGAGGAAAACGUGCUGAGCAACGCAUCCGUUGUUUGCACCACCCUCUCCUGCAGUGAUAGUUUCCAUCUGGAGAAAUGGAACUGCAAAUUCGAUCUGGUGCUCAUCGAUGAUGCAGCCGGGAUUGCAGAGGCGGAGAUACUGAUCGCGUUGGCAAAAGCUCGGGACCGCUGCAUUUUGUUGUCUGAUUCAAUCCGAAAAUGUAGUGCAUAUAGAAGAAGUCUGUUCCAUCGCUUAGAGCAAGCUGGCCUGUUUCCUUACUUGCUGGAAAGGCCAUCAAACGUGACCUCUGAGGGUCCUAGUAGCGAAGUAGCGAGGCACCGACAGGAGGAUUCUAAGUACAACAGGAACUACGAGAAGCACCGACAUGAGGAGGCUCGUCCAAGCCAGAUAUAUGAUCAAGAAGCGAGGAGGAGUCGACAUGACGGGGAGAAAGAAUGUCACCGUGGUGGUGAUCGGAGAGACGGACAUGACGCGGAGAAAGAGCGUCACCAUGGCGAUCGACAACCGGGUGUCCGUUCGGUGGAUGGCGUGAAGGAGCUCCAAAAGCAAGAAAAUCGAGCGAAAGUUAGUCGAGCCGAAGUGAAGAUUGAGAAUGCUGCAAACGCAGCCAGCGAGAAACGGGUUGCUACUCAAGCUGCUGCAACUCGCGUGAAGAUGGAGCCGGAUGGUAGUGGUGAAGGGCUCGAAAAUGGUCCAUCUUUUCCGGCAGCCAGUGCUGCUUGUCAGAAGGACAAGGAAUUAAGAGAAAUGGGUAGCCAGCGCUGCGAGACAAACAAUGAGUCGACGGUGAUGCGGCAGCCUAAAAGAGAGCACUGCGGGAGAACAGCCUCAGAAGCUCCGUGUAAGGAGUCCACAGGAAAGGUGGCGGAGAAUAAGCUGCAGAAGAGAAGAGGCGAGCUCGAAGCCACAGAAAUGAACCAGCAGCGAGGAAACGAGAACUGCGAGAAAGUACUCACUGGGGCUUCGUGUCAGACAAACAAGGAGUCCACGGCGGUGCCGCAGAGACAAAACGAGCUAUGCGAGAAGGCACCUAUGGAGGCUGUCUGCCAGAUAAAGAAAGAAAAGGUGGCGGGCGAUAACCAGGCAAACAAUGAAUCCAUGGGCGAUAAGCAGCAGAGAAGUAGAGAGCACUGCGAGCAAGCACAUAUCCAGAAAGUGUCAGAUGAACAGCAGCAAUUGGAGGCAGGAUCUACCGGAGCUGUCUGCGGGACAAACAACGAGAAAGCACCCCUCAAUCUCGUCGAGCUAAAACAGGAGCAGGCCCAAGAUAACCAAACUCUCGCGGCUGAGAAGCUUCAGGCCGAGAACUAUUUACGCAAGAAGUCCGAAAGCCAGGAGACAGAACAAGAGCUAGUCCAGGAUGGAGGGGCUCAGGCGCAGCACGAGCAGCAAGAAGAGCGGGAGUGGCCAGUGAAAGUAAAGCUUGCAGGCAAGAAGAAACAAAUCCAGGGGGAAAAGGAAACGAACCAGCUUCAAGCAGAGCAAAAGAGUUUGGAGUACGAUGGACGAACUCAGACGGACCAGCAGCAGCAAGAACAGUGCUCGGAGAAGGGAACUUUGUCGGAAAAAGAGAUAAAUCCGUUUCAACCGAGUCUCGAGGUCGUCAAGAACCGGAAGGAGACGCGGAAGGAAGUCGAACAGGAAGAGCAGCAGCAUAUUGAGGACGAAAGGGAAAACCAGCUUCAAGCUGAGCCCGUCAAGAAACGGAAGAAGAAGCGUAAGGAGCUAGAACAAGAUGGAGAAGCUCAGGUGGAGCAGGGGCAAGAGCAGCCUCAAGCAGAAGAAGAGAAUGUAGAGCACGUUAAGAAACGGAAGAAGAAGCGUAAGGAGCUAGAACAAGAUGGAGAAGCUCAGGUGGAGCAGGGGCAAGAGCAGCCUCAAGCAGAAGAAGAGAAUGUAGAGCACGUUAAGAAACGGAAGAAGAAACGGAAGGGGCUUGAACCGGAUGGAGUGGAAAAGGAAACUUUGGUGGCCGAGAGGAAAGAGAAGAACCAGCUGGUUUUUGCGGAGGACAAAAAUUCUGAGCUCUCCGAGAACCCGAAGAAGAAGAAGAAGAAGAAGCGUCAAGCACUAGAACAGAUCCAGGAUGGGCAGCAGCAAGUUCAUGAGGAGGAGCGGCCAUAUCACGAGAAGCAAGGACUGGAGAAGGAAAAGCAAGAGGAGAGAAUGGAGCGGAAGAAGAAGAAGCCUACUUUCAGUGAGCAAGAACACUGGGAUAGAAAUGGAGGAGCUCAAGCGGUGAUAGAGUGGGAUGGUAGUCUUAUGCCAGAGAAACACUACGUGGAACUGGACGAGGAGGUGAGGCCGCCGUCGGUGGCAACGCUCAGGAGAAAAGCUCGACGCGCGAGGCAAAAGGAGAGACGGAGGCUGGAGCAAUCCUCGAUCUUCUAGUUCGUUUCUUCUCGAUGGAUCAAAGUGACACCAAGAACACCAAGAGUGUGACACUUCGAAUUAUCUUAAUAACAAAAAGAUACAUAGAACACGAA